UUAUCUUUUGGAUCAUGGAUAAUUUCCCGUUGAAUACUUUCCUUCUGGAUAUUAGCGGCAUCAAAUAUCAACAGCACGGAUAUUGGAGAGCCACCGUAGAUGGUGCUGCUGCUGCACUAAGCAUUUUCAAGACGGAAAAAGGGGACAUGAAGCGUGGAAGGCCAAUUACUAAAGAUUCCGCAUUCUCCAUAUUGUUCAAGGAUAGGCACAGAGCCGUCAUCGGAAAGGACUCGCGGAGUUAAUGAGAGUCCAUGGCUGAUUUCAACGCGGCAUAAUCAAGGGAUGAUGACGGUGCUUCGGUCACAGCAGUGAGGUGUCUG